AUGCACAAGAUCUCAAAUACGAGUGAUCGAGGCAAGGUUAUCCUCGGUAGACACUGGUGCAUGAAGAUAGGGGUACAUGCCAUCACAUUGGCCAUGUUAUAUCAAAAUACAUUUUCCAAGACGACCGUGAAACAGAAGAAUGCCAACGCUUCGAUGACUGCAAGAAUGGUACUGUCACCAUAG